GGAGUCAGUCAGUCAGUCUCAGCCUGAAGCGCUUUAAAAGGCGUCGGUCGGUCUGAUGGUCGGUUUUUCAAGGAUCUCUAAUGUUCUGAAUCACCGGAAUGAUCUGAUCUGAGCGGAUCUGUCUUAAUUUGAUCUGAUCCCCGGUCUCAUUCUCUCCAGCUCGGUGUUUUACCCGUGGGUCUCCAGAACCGCUCCGUUUCCCGCAGAUCCUCAGCUGGAAGACGACACCAUGGGUCAUAGAGGAGGACGGAUGCCAUCUUUCCUCCUGCAUUUUCUGCUGGUGUCCAGCAUGUCUACAGUAAGUGCUGAAUACUCGAGCUGUGGAGAAAAUGAGUUUUACAAUCACACAACCAGCAGCUGCCAACCCUGCCCACAGUGCCAAGCUGGACAAGAGCCGUACAUGAACUGUGGUUACGGCACUAAAGAUGAUGAUUACUCCUGCAUUUCCUGUCCGGCUGGUAAAUUCUCCAAAGGAAAGUACGAGAUCUGCCGUCGACACAAAGACUGCGAUGCUCUUUACCGAGCCACCGUCCUGACGCCCGGCACCUCCGACAGCGACGCCGAGUGCGGACCCUGUUUACCAGGGUACUACAUCCAGGAGAACAGGCCGCAGAACAUCUACGGUAUGGUGUGUCAUUCGUGCCAAAACGCUCCUCGAAACAUCAAAGAGUGCAUGAGGUCCACACCGCCAGCCUCAGGUCGAGCUCCCAGUGUUUCCUCCAGCAGCACCACUAUAUUCCCUCAGCCUGAGAAAGACCCAACAGGACAGGGUCACCUAGCAACGGCCCUCAUCAUCGCCAUGUCAACCAUCUUCAUCAUGGCCAUCGCUAUAGUGAUGAUCAUCAUGUUCUACAUCCUAAAGAGCAAACCGAGUGGACCAGUCUGCUGUUCUGGUCAGCUCAUCAAAGCUGUAGAAGCUCAGACAAACAUGCAAGAGGAGAAGAAGGAGGCUCAGGAGAACGUGGUGAUCUUUCCAGAGAAGGACGAAUUUGACAAACUCAAGCCUUCAUCUCCAAAAACAGCCAAAAGUGAGAACGAUGCAUCAUCAGAAAACGAGCAGCUGUUGAGCCGCAGUAUCGACAGUGAUGAAGAAGCAGCACAGGACAAACAGGGAGCAGCAGAUCUUUGUCUUCUUUCACUGGUGCAUCUGACCAGAGACAAAACCUGCUCCACCAACACCAUCAACAACAACAACAACCACAACAACAACUGUAGCAGAGCCACCGGGAUUCACAGCAGAAGGAAAAAGAUCCUGGAUUUGUACACAAAAGCCUGCAGUGUUGCGGAGGGUCUGAGCCCGACGGAGCUGCCCUUCGACUGUCUGGAGCGCAGCAGCCGGAUGCUCAGCGCCACCUACAGCACAGAUAAAGCGGUGGUGAAGACGUGGAGACACCUGGCGGAGAGCUUCGGCCUGAAGAGAGAUGAGAUCGGCGGCAUGACGGACGGGAUGCAGCUAUUCGACCGCAUCAGCACCGCUGGAUACAGCAUCCCCGACCUGCUGGCGCGCCUGCUGCAGAUCGAGCGGCUGGACGCGGUGGAGACGCUCUGCUGCGACAUCCUGAGCGGAACACAACACUGCACAAAUCCACCCCUGAGCUCCCGCUGUGCCAGCGUCUGAACACCAGCACUGGCAGAUACACUAGAGGAUGCAAACCGUGACCGGCUGCGUUUGACUGCCAUAACCUGAUUCACUAGACCAAGUGCAGAGCGCACCUCUAAAGACAACACAACACUUUUAAAGGGGGCCUAUUAUGCAGAAAUCACUUUUAUAAGGAGUGUGUGUGUGUGUGUGUGUCAGCAGUGUGUGAAUAUCUCCCGCCUCUAACGCUAAACACUAAUCAAUUGUAGUUUUUAAUAAUCACACAGUCUGCAGAAACACUUUGAUUGACAUUCUCCCUUUGUACGUGUCAUCAGAUGGGGAAAGCCCCGCCCACUAGUCUCCAUCUCAUUAGCAUAAACAGCAGCCCUGAGUGAGAAGCAGCCGUCUGUCCAUUAGAGUGUUUGAGCUGCUGAAGAUAAUGUCAGCAUAGACUAAGAGGAUUAUAGAUGUGGAGUUUUAGAUGACGGCUCAAUUCAAGCCGAUCAUGACUAGUGUAAAUACACCCUUAGACUUGCACUCGUGAACUUCCCUCAGCUCUUCCCCUCUGGGAAGUCACCAUUUUAGGCUGUCCACAUGAACACCGGUACUUUCAAAACAGUUUUCUCCUUUGCAGUUUUGUUAUAACCACAGUGGAGUGGUUCAUCCACAGGAGAAAACAAAACUUUCUGAAAGCCCUGGUACAGUGCGGUCAUGUGGACACCACAACUGGAGUUUCUGCCUUAUGACAUCAGCAUGUGCGCUGAUUUCUCCUUUCUGAUUGGCCAACAGGGCUGGCUUCACACCAAAGAGAAAUUCUGCAGCAAACACGACGCAUAUGCCAUGCCGCACGCAUCAUGGGACGGUAAUCCGCCUCUGUUCUCACGUUUGCAUUGAAUUGUAUGCAAUGUUCUCAUGCUGUGUUCACACCAGACGCAGAACAAGCCAAUAAUUCAACACGUAAAUAGACGCAUGAACAUUUAGAGUUUACUCGCUUCAUUCAUGCAUCAAAUUCACUUCACAAUAGACGUGGAUUCACGUCAUGGGCAGGGCUUGACUCUAGGGCAUGACUUUAGCUUCGUUGCUAAAUGGCUAACAUGGAUUUUAAUGAGAGAGUAGCUGUGUUUAUUAAUAAAGGCUGAAAAACAGCAUUUGUUUUGAGCCUUGUCUAAAUCCACUAGAUCCUUUCAGUGGUGCAGCAGCUCUGUGAGUUCAUCAACUCCUCCAGAAACUGAACCUGGAUGAUGGAGGCCUUCAGCACUGCUUCUGACCAAGCCCGGCCCAGUUUGAUGAGCUGUAGUCCGGUGUCUACCGGAAGAUUUCCCCCCAGGACACCAACAACAGGCAUUAUGUCAUAAUCACACCCCUACAAGAGCAAGCUCCUGAUUGGUUAACGUGAAUAUCAGCUGAAGUUCAGAUUUAACUCAAGCAAUUCGCAUGUUAAGUAUGUCAACUGUGCAAAACGCUCAACUCGCACCGCCGCAUUCCUGUGUAUCGCACUGCUGGAUGUCUAUUUACGUCUUUGCAUUGACUUAACAUGUAAAUCACUCGCGCUAGACGCUUCAUCUGCGUCUGGUGUGAACACAGCAUCACGCACAGUCAAAUACGUGUUCAGUGUGAGCCCAGCAUUAAAAGCUUUUAUCGCCCCCUGUUGGUUCGGCAAGCUCUUAACAUGCAUCCCUCACUCCCUCACUAUCCUUCAGUUUAGUCCCUGAUUUAUGGGCAGCCACAGUGAAAUGAACCACCAAUUACCCUGGUAUAUGUUUUACACAGCCCUUUCAGCCACAACCCAGCACUGGGAAACACCCACACACACACA